GUGAUUUACAGUUGAAGGAAAAGCGCCCCAUUUCUCCACACUCUCUCUCUCUCAUAAAUUCAGUUGCAAAGUUCAUGUUAAUCUCGUAUUUAGAUUACUCAUACUUAAUUAAGAUCCAAAUCUGGGUUUCAAAUUUCAGAAAAUCUCACCGACAUUCCCUCGAUUUUUUCCUUUUUAAUUACUUGUUUUCCCUUUUUUUACAUUCAAAAUUUUCCAUUUUGGUUUCAAUCCAACGCUGAUGCCCUUCACCUUUAUACCUCAUUAUUAAGCAGAAAUUUGAGCUGUUUGGCAAGGUUUAGAUUUCAAAAGGUGGUAGUAAAUAAGGAGGAUAUUACUUGUUGGUAUUAUACGGAAUAAAUUCGCAAACAAACAUGUUUAAGUUGUCGCCUCGUAGUAGGGGCUCGAGAUCGAACAAGGGUAUCAAGGUAAAGCAUGCCUUGCAAUUGAUUCUGUUGUUGGGUGUUGGUAUCUGGUUAGUAUACCAAAUCCAACGUUCUUACAGUAAGGAUGAAACGUUUGAAGGAGCUAAAGUCUCGGAAAAGUUACAGGAUGGGAUUGAGAAGGUAAAGUUGGGAAGGAAGGAUCUUCCCGAGUUGGAGGAGGAGACGUCAAACUUAGAUGAGAAGAAUAAUGUGGAAGAGAAAAGUGAGGAUGUAAACCCGGGUGAGGACGAGGAUGGAGGAGGUAAAGUGGAUGAGAAACCCGACGAGGAAGUUAAGGAUGAGAGCGUGGAGAAGGAAAAAGAGGGAGAGGGUACGCAAAGUGAGACAAAGGAGAAUGAAGAGGCGAAGGAGGAAGAGAAGGGGAGUGUAGAGACGGAGCAAGAAGAGAAUAAGGACAAGGAAAAUGAAAAUGAGAUGAAAGAUGGUGGAGAAAACAAGAGUGAGGAGGAAAAUGAAUUGAAGGAAGAGAACAAGGAGAACGAAAAUGAGACGAAGGAGAAUAAAGACGAGGAGAAGGAGAAAGAGAAAGAGGAGAGCAAAGAAAAUAAAAGUGGAGUGCAAAACACCGAUGAGAACAAGACCAACGAGAGUAAGGAAGAGAAUAAAGAGAAGGAAAAUGAAUUGAAGGAAGAGAACAAGGAGAAUGAAAAUGAGACGAAGGAGAAGGAGAAAGAGGAGAGUAAAGAAAAUGAAAGUGGAAUGCAAACCACGGAUGAGAACAAGACAUAUGAGAACAAGGAAGAGAAUAAAGAGAGUGGAAAUGAACAAGGGAAAGAAAAUCCCGAGUCUCAGGCGGAGGAGAAGAAAGAGAACGAGAAGGAAGCUGAGAAAGAGAAUGGAGAAACCGAGGCGGGAGACAAGGACUCUAAGAUUAAGAGUUUAGGUUCAUCAGAUGGUCAGGUUCAAGAUGGAAUCAACAACGACGAUAGAGCUUCCAUUGAGGAACAAAAGAAGGAAAAUCGUAUGAUAACUUUAGAGACAAAUUCAUCUGAACAUAAAGAGAGUAAUGAAGACAUGGGUGAUGAUGGGUCCCACUCUCUCCCAGCUGAAACCGCGGAGCCUAGUGAAGACAAGCAAGCGAAUUCCACUACAUUCAGUGAUGAGACAUUUGUGUCACUGAAUCGAAAUGGUGCGACUGAUAACACAAGCACUAAAGAGGAUAAUAAUAAUAAUAGUUCCGUUAUUCGGGAAGUUGUAUCAGAGAAGCCCGAUAAAACUGAAAUGGGAGCAAGUGUUGAAAACCAAUCGGAUGCAAGUUCUGAUUCUGGGUCUAAAACGGAGGACACAAACAAUGUUGAAGGUGGUGGUAAUACAGGCUAUUCUGAUACAUCUGGUCAUGAAGGUGCUAAUGGGGAGAAUCCAGAGAAAAACAUAUCUGGAUCGAAUGGAACAACUGAAUUAAUCAACAAUGAUCAAGAUCGUACUUCCCAUGAUUCAAACUCCGAGGAACAUAAAGAGGAAGCUUCAAAAGUAAGUGACACCCAAGUUGCAGAAAAACCAGAGGAGAAGAAAGAGGAAGCAUCAGAAGUAAGUGACAGCCAAAAUACAGAAAAAACAGAAGAGAAGAAAGAGGAAGCAUCAGAAGUAAAUGACAGCCAAAAUACAGAAGAGAAGAAAGAGGAAGCUUCAAAAGUAAAUGACACCCAAGUUGCAGAAAAACCAGAGGAACAUAAAGAUGAAGCUUCAAAAGUAAGUGACACCCAAGUUGCAGAAAAACCAGAGGAGAAGAAAGAAGAAGAAACAGAAGUAAAUGGCACCCAAGAUGCAGAAAAACCAGAGGAAAAGAAAGAGGAAGCAUCAGAAGUAACUGACAGUCAAAUUGCAGAAAAACCAGAGGAGAAAAAAGAGGAAGCAUCUGAAGUAAAUGAUAACCAAGAUGCAGAAAAACCAGAGGAGAAGAAAGAAGAAGCAACAGAAGUAAAUGAAGGCCAAAAUACAGAAAAACCAGAAGAGAAGAAAGAGGAAGCAACUAAAGAAGAAUCAACAAAUGUUGAGCCCCAUCAUGAAGCUGAUAAUUCAGUCACACAAGAUAUUAAAGAUCGAACUGAUUUAGAAACUCUACCAGACAGUGGUAAUGAAGCGAGCAGCAAUAGUGAUGCGAUUGCCAAGUGAGGUAUCUGAUUAAGCGGUUUAGAUGGCAGUUUUUAAUCUGUAUUUCCACUUCCCUUUUCUUGCAGAAGUAGAGGCUGAGUAUACAACCUCAUGUAACAUGUCUUUCUCUGUCCUUAUUGCAAUUAUUAGAUAUUAGUGUAUAAAAAGAUGGUAAUUUGAUAGGCUGACUGUUAGUGUCCUUUCUUAUGUGGUUCCACAUUGUAUGCAUUUUUGCUGCUGCGAUGAGGUAAUUUAUUCAUCUAUUACUACUAUGUUAUUUUUGAGAAUUCAA